UCUGACAGCAGUACAAUGUCAGGAGACUUUGAGGUUGCAGACUAUGUGGUAUUGGCUCUUGUCUUGGUGGGGUCCAGUCUUAUAGGGGUUUACUACGCAUGGGCCGGUCGGCACGAAGGAAAUUCCAAGGACUUCUUAACUGGUGGGCGCUCCAUGACAGCUCUGCCUGUCUCCAUGUCCCUGACUGCGUCCUUCAUGUCGUCCAACACACUGCUGGCCAACCCAGCUGAGGUGUACCGCUACGGAGCCAUCUUUGGAGUAUUGUUUUUUGGAUAUGUAUUGACCAUUGUGAUCACAUCCGAGAUCUUUCUGCCAGUGUUCUACAGACUGGCUCUCACAAGUACAUAUGAGUAUCUGGAGCUGCGCUUCAACAGAGUAACCCGUCUGCUGGGAACUGUGCUCUUCAUGAUUCAAACAAUCCUCUACACUGGAAUUGUCAUCUAUGGCCCUGCACUAGCUUUAAGCCAAGUGACGGAUGUAGAUCUGUGGGGUGGAAUUUUUUCAACAGGCACUGUCUGUAUUCUUUACUGCACAUUGGGUGGACUGAAGGCCGUGGUAUGGACUGAUGUGUUCCAGAUUGCAAUAAUGCUAGCAGGUUAUCUGUCCGUCACAAUCAUGUGUGUGAACUUACAAGGAGGAUUUGCCAACAUCAUUUCAGAUUCACAACAAGGAGGAAGAAUCAACAUGUGGGACUUUGACAUGAACCCGCUAAGGAGACACACGUUUUGGACAUUAACUAUAGGAGGGACGUGUGGCUGGGUCGCAGUCUUUGGGAUUAACCAAGGCCCGGUUCAGAGAUACGUCUCCUGCAAGAGCAUCGCUCAUGCCAGAGCAGCUCUAUACAUCAACCUGGUUGGUCUCUCUUGCUUCCUGACGUGCUCAGUGUUUGCAGGAAUGUGUCUCUAUUCUGUCUAUAAGAACUGUGACCCGUGGACUGCGGGACUUAUCUCCACUACUGAUCAGCUGAUGCCAUAUUUGGUGGUGGACACCUUGACUGGCUCUCCUGGUAUUUCGGGACUGUUUGUCGCAGCAGUAUUGAGUGGCUCUCUGAGCACAGUGUCUUCCUGCAUCAAUGCAAUGGCGGCUGUGACAAUAGAGGACCUGAUCAAACCGUACACUAACCUGUCUGAGAAACAACUGACAUGGCUGUCCAGAGGAAUGACUAUCUCAUAUGGAGUUUUGUGCAUUGCCAUGGCUGGACUGUCCUCGGUCAUGGGAGGGAUCAUGCAGGCAACUGUUACCAUCAGCGGUAUCGUAUCAGGUCCUUUACUUGGGCUCUUCACAAUGGGUAUCAUCUGUCCAUUUGCUAAUACCAAAGGAGGUUUGUCAGGUGUGGUGAGCGGGUUGAUCGUGAGUGUGAGUGUGUGUGUUGUGAGCCUGAUAUCCCCUCCUCCACCUGAGAUGACCCGACCUUUGCCACUGACCACUGAUGGAUGUAACUUCACCACCACAGGAAGCCUGAACUGGACCUCCCCCACUGCGCCAACAGAACCAAGCACCAUCACCACAGCCCCAGUGCAGAUCACUGAUGGCAUUCAUCUACACUCUGUUUCCUACCUUUAUUUCUGUCUCAUUGGAACUGUAACAGCUAUCAUUGUCGGGCUGAUAACAAGCCUCUUUACAGGAGGCUGGAAGGAGAGGGUGGAUUCAAGGCUCAUGUUGAUGAAAGAAGACACAAUUCUGUAUCACACAUUCACGUUUUUUAGAGACAGAGUCAUGAGGCGAACAGGAAAGCUCGACUUAACUAUGAACGGAAAGGAGAAAUCUGGCGACACAAAUCCUGCUCUCAGUGACACAGAGAUGUACUUAUCAGAAACAACCAUUCUCACAUGAAAGGCAAUAUGUUUUCUAAGUUCAUUUUUUGAGGUUCAUGUGAGAUCUGACCUCAUAUUACUUUACUAAGUGUGGCUUACCAAGCCUAUAACAUUGCACUGUAACUUUAACUUUUGUAUUUGUUAUAUUCUGCAUUGUAAUAUACUAUUUAGGGUCGGUUGAUUGUCCACAUUCCCGAUCCAUUUUAUUUUCAAUAGAUAAAAAAUAAAUU